AUGGAGCUGAAGAGAGGAAAGACAUUCAUCAAAUCUAGCCUGCAGAUUGACCAUGAGAAACCCCCAGAUCCAGCAGCCACUGCCCCAGCCACGGAGGAUGCAGUCUCACCAGGAGGGCAGCAGCGACCCCGCAGUGAGAGGGGCCCCCAGGUCAGUCCCAGCACCCAAGGAUAUGACAGGUGCUCUGACAAAGGGGCCCAGCCAGACGCCAGUGGGGGGCCUGCAGCUCUCUGUGGGACCACCUUCAAACUGGUGCAGAAGAGCAAGACUCAAGACACUGUACCGAGGGCUGACAGGGCAGCUGCAGCUACAGGGCAGCUGGUGGGCAGCGCAAGCUUCCCAGGGCCCCCCAGGAGCCAGCGCAUGAUUGACUACCGCCACUUUGUGCCCCAGAUGCCCUUUGUACCAGCUGUGGCCAAGAGCAUCCCAAGGAAGAGAAUUUCCCUGAAACGACCCAAGAAAUGUUUUCGGAAUCUAUUCCACAUCCGCAGAAACAAAACUGAGAAUUUGGCCUCGCUGGCAACCAAGGGGAAGAGCUUGUCCUCCCCUGAGGGCCCAUCAGAGGCUGGAGGGCAGCAAGGCACAGCUUGCUUCCCCUUGGGCGAGGGGCUGGGACUGGACAGCCUGUGCCAGGACCUGUCUGACAGUGAGUUCCUACCCGACUCCUCCUUUGACCUCUGCAGGGCCCUGUGUGAGGAUGUAGCCUCACUCAAGAGCUUUGACUCACUCACCGGCUGCGGGGAGAUCUUUGCAGACGAGAGCUCAGUGCCAUCCCUGGAGCUGCAUGAGGGCCUGGAGAGCCCUGCCCGGGCUUCCCAGGCCCCUGACUGCAUGGCUUCCAGGGGCCCCUUCCAGGGCAGCAUAGAGCAACUGGCAUCACCUGCCCAGAACGAGAUGUCUGACUUUGACAAGUUCUGGGACCGUGUGAAUCACUCGGUGAGGCAGCAACAGCGUGCCCUGCUAGGUCCGUGGCUGGGGGGCCCCCAGGGGUCAGACACAGACAAGCCCAGGCCAGAUGCAGCUGGGCUUGCUGAGCUCCCCCUGUGCCCAUGCAGAGACCCCCACGGCGGCUCCAAAGCCAGCUCCAUAGACACAGGCACGCCCAAGAGCGAGCGGCCAGAAUCUGUGUCCACGAGCGACGAGGGCUACUAUGACUCCUUUUCACCAGGCCUUGAGGAGGACAAGAAGGAGGCCCCGAGCCCAGGCACACCCGCAGCCGCCUUCCCCCGGGACAGCUACAGUGGAGACGCCCUCUACGAGCUCUUCUAUGACCCCACUGAGGGCCCUGGGAGCCCGAACCUGGAUGACGACCUGUGCGUGUCCGAGAGUCUGUCGGGGCCGGCACUGGGAGCCCCGCUGUCCAUGUGCAGCUUCCACAUGGGGGCAGAAGAGAACCUGGCCGCCGCUCCAGGCCCAGACCUACUCAGCCAGAGCUUCUUGCAGAGCUCCUGGAGAGGCAAGGAGUGCCUGCUGAAGCUCUGCGACACCGAGCUUGCCAUCACCAUGGGCAUUAUCAACUGGCUCCGCCGGAGCCCAGAGCUCCGUGUCCCGCCUGCCUCGGCCCCCAGGGAGCCUGCAACGCCCCCGGGAGGACUGGUGGAGAAACCAGGAGCUGGCUCUGAGAAGGUGUGCCUAGGUCUGGAGGGCGGGGGGACCCAGGCCUUAGAUGCAGGUAGGACCUCAGUGAGCUCAGCACCCAGCAGACGGGAGCUGUGGGCAUGUUCGGGCCCCAAGGGCCCGCUUGCUGGAGUGAGCGAGGUCCUAGCAGGGACCAAGCAGGGGACCAGCUCUCCAUCCAGGGACCCCUCUCUGGAGUGUGUGCAGGUCUCUGGGGAAGAAGGGACACAAGGCCACCCUGAAGGCUCGUUCCCCUCUGUGGGGUCUGCAGCCCCCAUGGCAACCAACACAUCCAGCAAAAACAAGGUCCCAAACCCCUCUGCCUGGCCUGGCUCCCAGGAGCCCAGGCUUCCUGGGAACCUGGGGUGUUUCCAAGGUCCCUGGAGGCCAGGUCUUGGGGGAAGCACCGUGGAUUCAGAGCUCACUCUGACAGGCUGUGUGGCCCAGGUGGCAGCCCUACAGAUCCACCCAGACUGUCAGCCCCCAAGGCAGAACACAGGUAGCGAGCUCUGCGGGCAGCCUCAGGCCAGGGGCCCUGACAUUCUGCAACAGAAACAGCCUAACAGCUUCCCUAGCAUGGCUGCCAUAUGUGGCCUGCCCUCCCUGGCCAGCCCACUCCACAGCCCACAGGACCAGAGGUGCCCAGGCCGCAUUCUGGACCUGAGCCAGAUCAGGGUGGAGCCCGCCAGGCUGGAUGCCCAGGCCCAUGCCUCUGUGGAGGACCAGCUUCUGCAGCUCAGCUCAAGGGCUAUAGAGCAGGCUGCACACAGGAGCCAGCUGGACUCAUAGCCCCUCAGUCCUGCUGCCUGGGAUCACCUGCCAGGAAUUCUGGCCCUCACUUCCAACAGCCAGUGGGAAGGGGCCCACUCUGCAAGUGCCCCAGAAAGCCACUGCAGCUUCUUGGACCACGAGGGCAUCCUCUGCAACCAGCAGGAAGUGGGAGCUCCCAGGCCAGCAUGGCUGAGACCCACCUUUGGAACAGUCUUGUGUCUUUGUGGUCACACUCAGGAGAGCCUAAGACCCAAAUCUCCACCCUUUGUCCCUGAUGGCAUAGGUGUCUGGGUUCCAGGAGUGCGUCUCCGUUACUUUGUACGGCACCUGAGCAGAGCAAGUGCUCG